GGAGGCAUUCACUGACCAGGCGCCAUCAUCACCACAACCAAUCAUCUAUCAACAAGGAGGCCAUGAGCACCAGGAUGGUGCUCAGUGAUGACUCGGCAGAGAGGGAGCACCUGAUCGGAGCAGGGCUCGGGAUCGGGGCUAAACUCCCACUCAGCUCCACCAAACAUCACCAUUCUCAUAACAAGCACGCCCACCUAGACUUCGUAGAAGAGGACCCACCUGUCGGAGAGGAGCUCACUGCCGGAGGGGCGGGUCCAGACCAGCCCGGAAACUCCUUGUCUGAUGACGUCAUCACCGUGGAGUUUCACAGCCCUGCGCCGGAUAUUGUGCCCUCUGAUGUUGCUCUAGAUUGGGCCAAAGCUCCAAAACCCCAGAAGCAAAAAGGUGGAGACCCUACUGCAUGGACACUUUCUGACUUUUACGACUACCUGUCCCCUGAUGACGACCUCUCGGCGGUAGAUGCUACCCCAGAACCCGAGCCCACCCCUUCACCCCCGGCCGACAUGGAGGACGAGAAUCCGCUCCUGGCUGGUUCUCCUGCUGUUCCUGAAAGUAUGAGGCCCGACGUGGAUAGCAGGCCCUCCUUAACAGCUCCUCCCAUGCCAGGCCUUGAAAAGGGUGAUGGGUUAGGGGGCGCCAUGGGGUCUGAUGGCUGCAGGCUGGGCUUUGUGCGCUCUGGACCUGGGGUUUGUGUGUCUCAGUGUGACACUGAACCCAAUUUCUGCUUCAAUGGAGGAGUGUGUACCGUGGUGGCAGGGAUGGGAGCCUUCUGUAGGUGCAAUGUGCAGGACUACAUCUGGAACAAAGGCACGCGCUGUGAUUGGGCGGUCACAGAGUUCCAGGUGAUGUGCGUGGUGGUGGGCGUGUCCUCCCUGGUGCUCAUCCUCCUCUUCAUGAUCAUUGUAUUCUUUGCCAAGAGGCUGCACCGCCUCAAGAAUGAGAACAAGCGCCUUCGCAAACGCAGUAAGUACCGCCCACAGAGCAGCGAGCCACAGACGGAUGGCCUCUCAGUUUCCACAACAGCCGACGGCUCGCAGCCAAACGUAAGGAAACUGUGUGACACCCCUCCGCCUGCUCCCCAAGCUCACACUCACAACCUGGCGUACUAUGACAACAUUAUCUGUCAGGAUGAGCCUCAGAAGCAGCUGGAGGACCCAGCAAAGUCCCCACAACCCAAGGAAGAGGGCUCAAUGAACAUCCUCAACUCUCAUUCCCCCAAACACGAGAACAACCGCCCAACCUCUGUCGUCCACGACCAAGCCCACACCCCUAACAACACAGAGGAAAAUGCUGAGGUAAACACGCUCCAGAACAACCUGGUAUAAUAUCACCAUCUGGCAAAGUGUGCUGCUGGAGAAUCAGAUCGAAAUAUUUCAUGCGCACACAAACAACAACAAAUCGUUAUAGGCUAACAUUGUUUACACCUUGCAAAUGCACACUGUGUAUUUUAAACAGUCCAAUCAGGCCUAAUCUCAGAAGUAAGCACAACAUGAAUUUAAGGAUAAAACCUGAGAAGCACAAUAGUCCUGUUUACAAGGCUGCCAUGCCAAUGCUGAUCACAUAGUGGCAUCGCUGCCUCCUUUCCUUCCUCUAUCCGCAUCUUGCUGGACUAAAAUCUCUGGCUUGGACCAACUAAUGACUGACUUUCCUCUCUACUGAUGCCCUGCCUUGGUCUUUGGCCAAUGAACUCUCGCCCCUUCAUUGUCUGCUCUCCUGUUUCCCCCAAAACCCUCCCCUCACCUCUGCCUGCCCCGCCUUACUGUCUCUCUCUACCCGCAUGCAUUGGUGUUAUCAACAAAAAAGUGUCUGAAAACGUUAUAUUUGCAAAAGAAGUAAGUGGAAAUCAAGUGAAUCUGUAUUUGCGAAAUAUUCAUGUUUGACAUUGCUAAUAAGUGGAUAUGUCUAGAUUACUUAAGGUCAAAGUAACUGCUUGGAGUUGAUAUUUGAAUCUAUAUACAUAUAUUACACACGCUGUGUCUUGGUUUUCAAUGUGAUUUAUAAUACUUUAAUGUACUUGAGGUUCUUUUGUACUUUUUUGGGUAAACAUGGAGGAUUAUAGU